AUGAGUGAUAUACCACCAAGGAGAGUGCCCCUUCCAUACCUCAAUGACGACCUGUUGUGGAAGAUCUUGGUAAAGACCGACCCAAAAACGGCUGGAAGGUGUAGAACUCUUAAUAAAGCAUGGAGGUACAAGCUCUCUACAACAUUGUUUGUGAAGAUGAACUACCAAGAAAAUAAGAACAGGAGCACCACACUUAUCAUUGGUGUUGGAUACCCUCCAACUAAUGACAACUCCCAAUGGCUUUUGAGGACAAAUCCACAAAAUGGAAAGCAGGUUCAGCUUAAUUUACCUGUCAAUAUAAACCAUUUUGGGUUUUACUCAAUGAUAGGGUCUAAUAAUGGGAACCUAUGUAUUAGGUUUUUCCAAGAUGGCUUAAACUCUAUGUUGCUCAUCUGGAAUCCACUUACCCGCAAUGUGAACUAUGUCUCGGAUGAGGCAAAAAAACACUGCUGCCAUGCGGUCUCUCUCUAUGCUUUUGGGUAUUUGUUUGAUACCAUUGAGUAUCGAAUUCUACAUGUCUACAAAAGGCAUUUUUCCCACAAGUCCAUGUCAUGGACAUUGUACAAUUCAUUUGAUGCUGCUUGA